GAGAGAGAGAGAGACAGAGAGAGAGAGAGAGAGAGAGAGAGAGACCUACCAAUAUGCAGAGUUCUAAACUUCUCUGAGUGCUUGAUGUGGCGGAGUUCAGCUGUGUGGGAGGAGAGGAGUGAGUGAGUGUGUGAGCGCAUCGGAGAACAUCACAGACCACCUCAGACCGCCGAGAGAGAGAGAGAGAGAGAACGAAGAGAAAGAGGAAUAAUGUUUACGCAAGUGUGGAGGAAUUUGUGGAUUUUAUUCUUCUUUGGGCCGAGUGGAGUCAUCAGGCUUGUGUUUGGCAGAGAGAUGAAGUCUCCCAGCAGUAAGGUGAAGCCCAUGUCCCCCUCUGACUUUCUGGACAAGCUGAUGGGAAAAACAUCAGGCUAUGAUGCUCGAAUCAGGCCCAACUUUAAAGGGCCUCCUGUCAACGUCACCUGCAACAUCUUCAUCAACAGCUUCGGCUCCGUCACUGAGACGACUAUGGAUUACCGGUUGAACGUGUUUCUACGGCAGCAGUGGAAUGACCCCCGGCUGGCCUACAAAGAGUAUCCGGACGACUCUCUGGAUCUGGAUCCCUCCAUGCUGGAUUCCAUCUGGAAGCCCGACCUGUUCUUUGCCAAUGAGAAGGGCGCCAACUUCCACGAGGUCACCACCGACAACAAGCUGCUGAGAAUCUUCCAAAAUGGAAAUGUGCUCUACAGCAUCAGGCUGACUCUGAUUCUGUCCUGUGCGAUGGAUCUGAAGAAUUUCCCCAUGGACAUUCAGACCUGCACCAUGCAGCUUGAGAGCUUUGGUUACACUAUGAAUGAUCUGAUAUUUCAGUGGUUGGAUAACGGCCCUGUGCAAGUUGCUGAUGAUCUAAUGCUGCCUCAGUUUGUGCUCAAAGAGGAGAAAGAUCUGGGAUACUGCACUAAACAUUAUAACACCGGUAAGUUCACCUGUAUUGAGGUGAAGUUCCACCUGGAGAGGCAGAUGGGUUAUUAUCUGAUCCAGAUGUACAUCCCCAGCCUGCUGACCGUCAUCCUGUCCUGGGUCUCCUUCUGGAUCAACAUGGAUGCUGCACCGGCCCGAGUGGGGCUGGGUAUCACCACUGUACUGACCAUGGCCACUCAGAGCUCAGGCUCUAGAGCUUCACUGCCCAAGGUGUCGUAUGUGAAGGCCAUCGAUAUCUGGAUGGCGGUGUGUUUGCUGUUUGUAUUUGCCGCAUUGUUGGAAUAUGCUGCCGUAAACUUUGUCUCUCGGCAACACAAAGAGUUCUUCAGAUUGAGGAGGAGAUUACGAGAGGAACAGCGGCAGCGAGCUGAGGAGCAGCUGGGUCAGCAGAAUCAGGAUUUCUUCUUCCCCGGAUACGGUCUGGACACUUUCCUUUCCGGAGAUGGACCGCUCUCUGAGACGGCUGCCAUAUUUGCUGGUCUGCCUCCCGGCCACGCCCUCUUCGAGAUCCGCCGCCGUUUCAUCGACCGUGCCAAACGCAUUGACACCAUCUCCCGUGCCGUCUUCCCCCUCAGCUUCCUCAUCUUCAACGUCUUCUACUGGCUCACAUAUAAAGUGCUUCGCCACGAGGACAUCCACGCUGUCCUGUGA